AUGUCUACAAUACGGUACGAGUCCGGCGAUAAGGCCGACGUCUCACGUCUCGCUCAACCCCUGGCGUUCGAGCAGUCGCGAAAGACCGCCCCUAAUCGCUUAUUGAAGAGUUCUAUGGCGGAGGCGUUGUCGAGCUGGGACGUCAAUGACUUGCCGGCUCGCGGCAUCCCCACAAAGGAGUACGUCGAGCUUUACCGACGCUGGGGCGAAGGCGGAUGGGGAAUCAUACAGACCGGAAAUAUCAUGAUUGACUAUGAACACAUGAGUGCUGCUGGCGAUGCUGUUAUCACCCCCGAAGCCCCAAUGGAGGGGGAGCGCUUCGAGAGAUUCCAGGCCACAGCUGCGGCUGCGAAAGCUCAUGGCGCACUCGUCAUAGGGCAGGUGAAUCAUCCAGGACGUCAGAUCCCAUCUAAAAUGGCCAAGGAGUCCAUCUCUGCGUCAGCUGUACAGCUCAGUAAGUCCACAUCCCACAGCAAGUCAGGCAGCGCAAAGGCUUACCGCUCGCAUUCGUCCGCAGAGCCUCACGCCGGGAUGACAUUCCCGCCGACGCGCGCAGCCACCACAGAUGAGAUUGCCCGCAUCGUCGACGCAUUCGCUCAUGCAGCUGAGUUCCUCGAGGCGGCAGGUUUCGACGGCAUCGAACUGCAUGCCGCACACGGCUACCUGCUGGCUCAGUUCCUCAGCCCGACUACCAAUAAGCGCACCGACGCAUACGGUGGCAGUAUCACAAACCGGUUGCGUAUCGUGAGUGAGGUGUGUGCAGCGGUGCGGGCAUGCACGAACCCGGGUUUCAUCCUGGCUAUCAAACUCAACUCGGUCGAGUUCCAAGCCGAGGGGCUGACGACGGCCGACGCGGCCGAGCUGGUUGCUGCGUUGCAGGGCGCCGGCGUCGACUACCUGGAGCUGAGCGGCGGCACAUAUGAGAACUUUGGGUUCGAGCGCAAGAAAGACAGCACGCGGAGUCGUGAGGCGUUCUUCCUCGAUUUUGCCGAGCGUGUCGUCCCUGCACUGGGUCCCGCUGACAAGCGCCGAACAAAGGUCUUCAUCACUGGCGGGUUGAGGUCUGCAGGUGCCAUGGUCGAGGCGCUGGAUGUCGUUGACGGCGUCGGGAUUGCGAGGCCCGCGGUGCAGGAGCCGUCUCUUGCGCUGGACCUGCUGGCUGGGCAGGUCACGGGUGCGGUCAAGGCUCUGCCUCCAUUUGAGACGGACUUUGCGAUGUCUGGGUUUGGGGCAUGGUCACAAAUGCGGGCGAUUGGAAAAGGAUAUGAGCCGUUUGAUCUUGGUGAUGCCGAGGUGACAGGGCAGUUUUUGAAGGACGUUGGGGCCUGGUUUACUGAAAUCGCGGAAGAUGGUGACAAGCUGACCAAGUUCGGGUAUCCUGAUUACACGGGGGAGUUAAGACCGCACUUGGCGAACUGA